GAGAUUUGCGGGAUGCCAUAUGGGACUUUCAUGGCAUUUGAAAUGUCAGUUCAAUGGUGUGCAGGUGAGCUUAAAGUCAUUACCCUGCUGUGCUUACUAUGGUAAGCCGAGGGAAGGGGUAGGAUUUUACCUAUGUAAGUUGGUCGUACGUUGGUCGAAAUUCCCUUUUUCUUUUUGGCAGUUUCCCAAUUUUCAUCAUUCAUCUUUAGGUUUUUACUUUAUCAAGUGGACUUGCUUCUAUUUCAAUAUGAAAAGAUCUGGAUUUUUCGCUGGUGUUUUCAGUGUCACCGUUUCUUGUAAGUUGUAACUCUAAAAUCCCUAUGGUAUGAAGGGCUUUCUGAUCAUUGAAAAGUAUUUUGUGCCAUUGAUGCACAGGAUUUCGCCAAUCAUGGAACCUACACAGAGCCUACCACUGGCAUUCAGUUUUAUACGAGCUACCAGACCAACGGAAAGAUCACGGGAAGUGGUUACAACUCAGUGGUCUCUGACGGAGGGUUUACCUUCGGAAUGACAUUACCACCCACUGCAUUGACACUUGAUAGCAAUGAGUAUAUUGGCCUCAUCGUGUGUACCUGGAACCUAAAUAUUGUGGUAUCAGAUGCUAAACAUUCUAGAUUGGAUCAACUCCGGUCGGACAAGGUUGGAGUGGUAUCGUGCAUGGUGAUAAUUCUGGUGCUUCAAUGCCAAAUCAUCUAAUACUAGUUGGAUGGCCAACGGGAGUUGGGAAUCAAGUAGCGACAUCCUUCCGCUAUGCCACGUAUGUAGACCCCGAAGUAUCAAAGUCUGCGCCCGUUCAAACUUAUAUUUAGGGGAUAUCAACCACCGCAACCCUAUGGCGGAAGUGCCAAACUCACCCAGAUAUAUUCUAGUGUAAACGAGACGAAUUGGGUCUUAGUUUACAGAUGCCAGAAUUGCUUUGUUUUUGACGAGCCAACCCAAAACACAUUCAACACAUCGACAAGUCUACAGAAUUUUAAGCAAGGAUGGGCACAGGGCACAAAAGAAGUGGUAGACAAAACAAAUCCGAGUUCCGGCAUCGAACAGCACGACAAUGGUAUGGGCGUAUUCAUUGUUGAGGUAAGAUCUGCGACACAUGUAUCCUAUUCUGAAUGGGCGACAAAAACCGCUACGGGGCCCAUUGCUAUAGGCACCGCUACUUCAACAGUACCAUUUUCCUCCAUUCCGGUCCCUACUCAAACAAGCUAUGAUUAUAUUGUUGUUGGUGCUGGAGCUGGGGGCAUUCCCAUGGCGGACAAGCUUUCAGAGUCUGGAAAAUCCGUACUGCUUAUCGAGAAGGGAGUGGCUUCUAGCGCUAGGUGGGGUGGUACUAUUAGACCAGAAAAUCAUUGGUUAGAUGGCCAGAAUCUGACGUGGUUUGAUAUUCCUGGAGAGUGCAAUCGGAUUUGGAAUGGUGGAACUGCUGGAGUUACAUGUACCGAUGUUGACCAGUAUGUAUAUCUCCAGUGCAAAUUUGUAGAAGUGUUAGCUUCUAUUUCAUUCAUGAUUCUUCGGUGUCGCUUGCUAACACAAGAUACCAAUUUAUAGAAUGGCCGGAUGUAUUCUAGGGGGAGGAACCGCAGUAAAUGCCGGCCUAUGGUGGAAACCAAAUCCUUCAGACUGGGAUGUCAAUUUCCCAGCUGGCUGGAAAGCCUCAGAUAUGGCUGCAGCGACUGAACGUGUAUUUUCGCGUAUUCCAGGCACUGAUCACUCCUCAUUGGACGGAAAAAGAUACCUUCAAUCUGGUUUCGAUGUUGUCGCUGAUGGCCUGGCAGCGGCUGGCUGGAAAAGUGUUACUGCCAAUGAUGUUCCGGCAGAGAAGAACAGGACUUUUGCUCAUGCACCACGUGAGAGCCCUUUUUCUUCCCUUUUCCUCUGGGGGUUUACCUGCAGGGAAAGCCCCCUGGCCCAUUCCUCCUCACUUCAUCUGGGAAUUAUAUGAGCUGACUUAUUUCAGAUAUGUUCUCAAAUGGAGAACGUGGCGGUCCAAUGGCCACUUAUCUGGUUUCUGCAAAUGGGAGGACAAACUUCCAUCUCUGGCUAAAUACUAGCGUGGAAAGAAUUAACCGAGAUGGAGGUCACGCCACAAGUCUGAACGUCAUUCCAACCAACAAUGGUGGCCGGAGUGGUACAGUCACUCUUGCUCCUAAAGGCCGAGUUAUCCUCUCCGCUGGUGCUUUCGGAACACCUAAGCUUUUGUUUCGAAGUGGCAUCGGGCCAACCGAUCAAUUGGAAGUGGUUAAGUCCAGCACAGAUGGCGCAACAAUGAUUGAUCAAAAGCAAUGGAUCAACCUACCUGUUGGAUAUAACUUGAAUGAUCACCUAAACACCGAUACUGUCAUUUCUCACCCAAAUGUUAGCUAUUACGACUGGCCUGCAGCAUGGCUAACACCUAUUGAAGACGACAAGACCAAGUACCUGACUCAACGAAGCGGUCCACUCGCUCAGGCGGCCCCAAAUAUCAACCCAAUUAUGUGGGAAGAAGUUACCGGACCUGAUGGAAUUGUUCGACAUAUGCAAUGGCAAGCUCGAGUCGAAGGCUCAAACGGUAUCGAGAACGGUAAUUCCAUGACGCUUUCUUUGUACCUAGGACGAGGAGAGGUCUCUCGAGGACGGAUUACCACCCAAAAAGGUCUUAAUAUGGUCGUUUCCACCAUACCAUAUGGUGACCCUAACGAUCUCGCUGCUGUAGCGCAAGCGAUUGACAACAUGGUCGCGACGCUUAAGCCAGUCCCAGGUCUAGUAUGGAACCUCCCAGCAAGCGGAACUUCUGGUGCCGAUUACCUUAAGACUAUCCCCUUGACAUAUGCAAACAUCGGUUCGCGAAGAGCAAAUCACUGGCUAGGAACGGCGAAGCUGGGAACAGAUAGUGCACUUAAUGGAGGAACAAGCGUCGUUGAUGUUGAUACGAAGGUUUAUGGGACGGACAAUAUUUUUGUGUCAGAUGCGAGUAUUUUCCCGGGACAAGUCACCACUAAUCCCAGCGCGCUUAUUGUUACAGCAAGUGAGUAUGCCAGUGAGAGGAUUUUGAGAUUACCUGUUUAAAUGGGUUGAAAUUUUACGGAUGGGGUUCUGGAUACAGGUUAGGUAGUAGUUCA